CAUUAUGGGUAUGUUGAGAUAAAAGAUGAGGGAAGGAAAAGUAGCGGUUGUAACUGGAGGAAAUGCUGGCCUCGGUCUCACACUGUGUAAGCGCCUACUCUCUGAACACAAGAAUCUGUAUCUCUGUCUGGCCUGUCGGAAUCAGAUAAAAGCCGAAGAAGCAAAGAAAACCCUUGAGGCGUCUCACCCUUCUGCUGUGAUAUCAAUAGUGAUCCUAGAUACGUCCUCUGUACAGUCUGUUUAUGAGGCAGCUCAAAAUAUUAAGAGACAGUUCCACCAUGUGGAUUUCCUCUAUCUCAACGCUGGAAUGAUGCCCGUGUCGGGAGUUAAUUGGGAUACAUUCUGCAAGGGCCUGUUUUCCAGGAAUUGCAUAUUCAUGUUGUCCACUGGUACUGGGUUGUUGAAAUGUCUUGAUGAUACAACACCUGAAGGAUUGAAACAAGUAUUUGCUACAAACAUUUUUGGACAUUUUGUGUUGAUAAAUGAGCUAGACUCUUGUCUGGGCGGCCCUGAUAGACCGACACAAAUCAUCUGGACAUCGUCAAGUGCAGCAGCACGAGAUAACUUUGACAUCGAAGACAUACAGCAUACAAACGGCGAGGAGCCAUACAAGUCAUCUAAAUAUGCCAUCGAUAUGCUCAGUGUGGAACUCAAUACGAGACUCAAUAAGAAGAACAUUUAUUCUCAUUCAGUAUGUCCUGGUCUGGUCAUGACGAACCUCACUUGGGGAAUUCUGCCAGCGUGGUUCUGGAAAAUCAUGUUUCCCUUUAUCUGUCUGAUGCGGUUCAUUGUUCCAAGUUUAACCUACAGUGCAUACAGUGGCUGUGAAGCCUUGGUUUGGCUGAUAAGUCAACGGCCUGAAUGUCUAGAUCCACUUAGCAAGUUUUAUAGCCAGUGUUCUGUGUGUGGGACACCGUCCGUGAAGGCAAAGCAGAUGUCUAUAGAUGUUGAUGAAGCUAGCGAACUGUACAACCAGCUCAGUGAUCUUAACAUGACCUUCCAUGAGAAGUACAAAGAUAAACAUAAGAUAUUGAGAUCGUGAAAUUCCUCUUAAUUCAAAGAGAUUUUUCAUCCUAUUUAUGAACAAUGUCUACAGUAAUAAUUCUACAAAAUAAAACAACUCCGUAUUAUUUAAUCUGAAUUCUGGUUACAAGAAUUGAUGUGUUUUCUUGUUUUUAGAAUUGUACAUUGUGAUGUCGAAACUUAAUAAUGGAAGUCCACUGCUUGCAGUUUAUUCUUUCAGUUUUAAAUCUCCUGAAUCACUUUUUAAACAUAUUUAUUCUUUAUAUUUAUACAAUCAUGUGUAUGUAAUUGUAUUGUGUUACCCUGUGAAUUCACAUAAUACUUCUGGUAAAUCAUAGGGUUAUGUUAUUCAAGAUUUUCGUUUUUUAAUAAAUAUUUUGUUAGUGUA